GCUCCACAGCGCAGCAGGCGGAUCUGGGAUUCUCUCCUACCAGUCUUUGUUGUUCAGGUCUCAAAGGCAGCCAUGGCAGCAGUACCCGAACUGGCCAGUGAGAUGAUGGCUUACCACAGUGACGAGAACGACCUGUUCUUUGAAGUGGACAGCCCCAAACACAUGAAGUGCAACUGGCAGGACCUUUACCUCGGCUCCGUGGACGAGGGCAUCCAGCUGCAGAUCUCCCAGCUGCRCCUCAACAAGAGCUUGCAGCAGGUGGUGUCUCUCGUCGUGGCCGUGGAGAAGCUGCGGAUCCUUCCUGGCACACAGGCCCCCCGGGGCAAGGACCUGCACACCUGCCUUUCCCUCAUCUUUGAAGAAGAGCCCAUCUUCUGUGACCCCUGGGAUGACGACGGAUACGAGUAUGACGCGGCCGUCCCGGUGCUGAACUGCCGGCUGCGCGACGUCCAGCAGAAGAGCCUGGUGCUGUCCRACCCGUGUGAGCUCAAAGCUCUGCACCUCAACGGACCGAAUCUGAGGCAACAAGUGGUGUUCUCCAUGAGCUUUGUGCUGGGAGAAGGGAAUGACAGCAAGACACCAGUGGCCUUGGGCAUCAAGGGGAAGAACCUGUACCUGACCUGUGUGAUGAAGGGGGACAAGCCCACCCUGCAGCUGGAGAGUGUAGACCCCAAAAGUUACCCCAAGAAGAGGAUGGAGCCGAGGUUCGUGUUCAACAAGAUAGAGGUCAAAGACAAGGUGGAGUUUGAGUCUGCUCAGUUCCCCAACUGGUACAUCAGCACCUCCCAGGCGGAGCACCUGCCCGUCUUCCUGGGGAACAACAGCGGCCAGGAUAUAACAGACUUCACCAUGGAAUUCAUGUCCUAA